UGUGUCUUGUCUUUUCAUAGACGAUCUUUGGCUCGUCCUUUAAGCGUCUCGCGCUUCAUUUGAACGUCAUUGCACAGAGGUUUGGACUCUUCCGAUGCGACACCACAACUGUAAGUGUGUAGGAGUUUGCUGUUUUCAAUAGUAGUGUUUAUAUUUUUAUAUUUCAACUUAUUCAUCUAUAGUGCGUAAUGAGAAGGCUGGUUCGCUGUGAAAUACCAGCCCUUCCGUCUAACGCUUACGUCUCUACAUGAUGUGUAAGCCAAAGUGCAACCAGACAGCGUUUCAGCCGAUGAAUUUAACAAUGCGAAAUAAACUCAAAGAGUUAAAGAAAUUCCCACACAGAGGCCAGCCGCGGAUAGACGAAGUGAUAAUGUUAUCGCACCCGAGCGGCUCAAACGAUGAAAUAUUACCAGAAGAAGAAUCAGCCUCGCUGGCAGUAAAGGACGAAUAUGAAUCAAAAGAUACUGUUGCUGGCAAAUCUACUAGACAAGACAAACCACUUGUGAAGCAGAGGGAGACUUUCAGUGUAAAAGACAUUAAGAUAGCACCGAUUUUCUUGCACACAACACAGCACAACAGGAGCAAACGGAGCAGAAAUGGGAAGCCGGAUAGGUCUGGAGAGAGGCUGCAAAAAUCUGUGCUUACUCCUCGGGGUGAAGAUUUGCAACAAGAGGAAAUCCAGCAGCAGCAUUUGUCAACAACUUCCCAUCUGACAAAGAGAAGGUUGUCCUGUAGAGAAAAGCUGUCAGCCUCCGUUCUGCACAGCUGUCUGGAAGACAUCCAAACAUCUAACCCUGCAUUUCCAGCCCGAGCAGUGUUCAACACUUUACAAAAGAAAGCUAGUGAAGGGCUGCAGGCUGCAGGAUCCAACGCAGAUAACUCCCUGAAUCUCAUCUUGCUUCAGAGCCAACUUAAAGUGAAGAGAAAACGGGGAACUGACACUUCAGAGAGAGUGCCAAAGCGCCUGCGGACAAGUCACGCUGCAGAAGGUGCUGCUGGUAUGGGUCACUGUCACACACCAGUUCCCCGUAUGAUGGAAAGUGCUGUCUUUAUGGUCAAGAAGCCGCCCAAGAGUAGCAAGCUGAGUCGCACCCACAGACAGAGGCAGCAAAGUGGGAGUCCAGCAGCCCGGGUGAACAACUGUGAGCUGAACUCUGGUCUCACAAAUCACACUGGGGCUGCCGGUCAGUCACACAAAAUCCCUGACAAUCCCCCAACAGAUUUUAUUUGCGAGGAUGUUCUCUGGACGGACAAAUACAGUCCUCAGCAUUCAAGUGAAGUCAUUGGCAAUUCUGGAUCUGUGAAUAAACUGCAAAGUUGGUUGCAAAAAUGGAAACUUAGGGCAGACCAUGAGGAGAGGAGAAAGAUGGAGGAAAAGAGACGAGAGGAAAACAGCAAUGACUCAUGGGACUGUGGAGACUUCCUAGGUGAGGCUGGGACAGAGGACGAGUCGCUGUGUAACACCAUGCUGAUUACAGGACCUCCAGGUGUGGGCAAGACGGCCUCUGUGUACGCCUGCUCUCAGGAGCUCGGCUUCAAGGUAUUCGAAGUGAACUGCUCCUCACAGCGGAGUGGGCACCGUGUUCUGUCCCAGUUGAAGGAGGCUACUCAGUCCCACCUAGUGGAGACAACAGGGAAGGACCCGCUGAAGCCAACCUAUUUCAACAACUACAGCUGCACUCCUAAACCUGACACUUUACCUGGAAAAACAGUGACUCCAAAAAACGGCACCACUGCCUUCAAGAAGAAAGCUGCACAGAGCCUCGGCCGCUCUGGUCGCAAAGGAAAAUGUCAUCCGGCUGUUGUCACUUUACCCAACUACUUUAAAAUGAAGAACAAAGCAGAUCUCUUACACUCUGGUGGCCUGGCGCCAUCUGAAAAACCACACUGCAAGAAUUCUGAUCAUCCAUCGACGGGCUCUGAUCAAAGAGGGCCACAGAACAAAAAAACAGCCACAUCACUCAUUCUGUUUGAAGAGGUUGAUGUCAUAUUUGAUGAUGAUGCUGGUUUCCUUGCAGCCAUUAAGACUUUCAUGACAACCACUAAAAGACCAGUGAUUCUGACAACAAACGAUCCUUUAUUCAGAGACAGAUUCAACUGCAGCAUGGAGGAAAUCAUUUUCAAAGCCCCAUCAGAGGUGGAUGUGUGCAGCUACCUGCAGCUGGUGGCUUUAGCAGAGAAUGUGCAGCUGCAGUUGGAUGAUGUUUGCAGCCUCCUCAGACUUUGCAGAGGAGAUGUCAGACGCUGCCUGCUGCAGCUGCAGCUGUGGGGGCACAGUGGUGGAGGACGAGUAUCUCAGGGUGAAGGCCUUCCCAAGGAGCCUGUUCAUAAGCAUUACUCAAGUGUUGAAAGAGGGAACAAUGUAGACUCCCAACUUCCUCAUAGGGAAACUGGCUGCACCGCUAGCAUGCUAGGUCUUCCAGUGACCCGUGAAAAACUGCAAAGCCUUUUACAGUGCCAGUUCUGGUCUGAGAUUGACAUGAACAACAUCCUGAGGCUUCAAGCUGAGAGCUGGAGAAGAGCUGUGCCUCUUCUGUACUCCAACCUAAUGCUUCUUCUCCCCACUGGGGACAAGGGAACUUCAAUCCAGCUCCUGGAGAAGGGAACUGAGCUGGCACCUUCUAGCAUUCAUCCUCACACCCAGCAGCUGGACAAAGGUGACAGACCAAAGGAGUCAGCCACAGAAAGUAAAUCAAAUCGAUCCACCUCCAGGCUGAGCAGGAAGAAAUAUAUAACACCAAUAUUUGACACCGUAUCGUCUGCCAGUUUGAUCACAACUCCCCCCAGGUCAUCGUCUUCACCAAAGGGAGCUCGUGCCAGUGCACACAGCUCAAGAGACAAAACAGAAAACCUUAAAUCUGAAGUGAUAACCAACUUUUUGGAUGCCUUGGCAGACUUCUUUGACAUCAUGUCAUAUGUUGAUGCCACCCUUCCUGCUGCCACACCUGUUGCCUUAGACUCAAGCAAACCUGAGGAGUUUGUCUGGACAGGAGCUGAAAUAAAGGACGGCUUGUUGGACGAGAUGAGGGAAGAGGAAGAGGGCAGCAGGAGUUGGAGCCAGGAGAGGCUGUUAGACAUCCGGGCUGCUGUUGAAGGCUUGGGGUGUUGCAGGUGUUGUUGGCGAGUGUCUGAAGGGUGGAACAAAGCCCAGAAAUACAGGCAGGAACUGGAAGACACAGAGUGGGGGAAGCUGGUUGAGAAACUAACACCACCUGCGUCACUGAAAAGACAGAACCUGACCUUUAGUCUUCAACCUCUGUGUGAACCAUGUGUUUACCAAAAGAGGUACAAGCUGAGCAAAAAGAUCCUGUGCACCAAACCCUUCAGCCUGUUGGGGAACAGAAGAGCCGUCAGUGUUGACUACAUGCCAGUCCUCCGCUGCAUCUGUCGUUAUCAGAGAGCGCAGCAACACACAGAGGAGCCGGUCAGGUGCCGGAAGUACCUCAACAGAAACCGUCUGAGCCUUUCAAAGUCGACCACUGAACUCCUGGCUGAGGAUUUCUCUUAGAGAAAAGUCUGUAAAAAGUCAGUACAGCCUCACUACCUCAAUGUACACAAUAUUAAUUUAUUCAGUAUUCAUUUAAUCUGAAAACUGUCUUUGCCCAAAUACUUAAAUUCUAUGAAGCUGAGAUGUAGAAGUGUUUUUAUGUGCAUGUGCAACCAUGAAAAUGAAAUAAAAAAUGUAUUUUUUAAAA